GUGGCUGCGUGUCGCUGGCGGGAGUCGUCGCAGGAUGUGAGUGACGCGAGCCAGCGCGGCGGAACUGGCGGAGGCGGAGUGGGCGGCAGUAUCAGGAUGUCGGUGGUUAUGUGCCAGUGCCUGAUGCCCGGACCUCGGCUUAUGGUGGUGCCUGCCCUCACUCGUGGUGCCAACACCAGCUCGCGCUCACCUUGUCAUUACUCGCGACGCCAUGCCGCAUAGCGUUUGGCGAGGCCUCGUCCUUGAGCAGCCCAAAAGACGGAGCCGAGACGCCAAGUGAUUCGGCAUCGACGCCGAACCCUCCUUUCGGAUUCAUUUGUAUUAAAGCAAAAAAGAUGCUGCAUGCGAUUGCGAAAGUGGGCUCAACCCUGCAUAUCAAUGCUGUUACGAAUCCUCAGCGGAAUAGCAGUGUGAGCACGGAUUCGGCGUAGCCAACAGGGGCUUGUGAUUAAUGAAUCAGAAUGUGUAUUUCUGAUGUGAAGGGCAAUACAGAAGUACUGUUCCAUUUUAAGCCUGCUGUUUGGAAUUAACGCGACCGGCCGCGCUUUGUUGCAGAGCGCAUGCAAGUGGAAUAUCAGAGUGCAGAUCGAGGCCGAGCGCUCCCAGAAGUGUCCCUUCGCAGCACAAACCUCGUCGCCCUCCCUGUUGCCCCAGCACACGCCUAAGCUGCUCUUGGGUUGAGUGCAUCACGCUCUCGCACGACCCGGUGUUCAUGCUUUCGCUGUGAACUUGGUAACCUCGGACGCUCCCACGCUGGUCCAGAGGAGCAGGGAGGGAGGGGAUUGGCGUCCCGGACUGGCUGGGGGGAACCUGCACACGCUGCCACGGGGGAUGUGCGUUCGGCCGUUCGUUCGCCUGUGCUCUCGCCCGCCAGCCAUAUCCUGAACUGACGCUGAUCCUGUGCGGGCGUCCGUGCGAGCUGCGCGUUCUCGUGUGAUCGUAGCGAUCGUAGGCCAAGCGAAGCGUGUGUUGAGUAGGAAAAGUCGCGAAGUAACUGCGUCUGUACGUAAGCCCCCCCCCCCCCCUUCCGAAAAAAUCCAAUGUAAAGACGCGGCCGAGACCUUUGUGACGCGCGGAGAACUGGGUCUCCUGCAGCCCCCUCAUCCUCACUCCCCUCGCCCCUCCUCCCGCUCCCCGCGCCCCACCUCCCGUUCCCUCGCCCCUCCUCCACGCUCCCCGCGCCUCUCCCCCCAAACAUACCCUUGAGACGAACUGCUACUCCCCCAUCCACACUCCUCUCUCGUACAUGUUAUUCGCGUCUUUUUGUUGACCCGGAGGAGAGUUUUAUUUGUUUAGGUGUUGAAGUGUGCGUGUGCGGCGGGUUCGCCCGGGAAAGGGCCUGUGUGGAGUUGCCCCGCUCGCCGAGUUUGUUCAGAGAGGAAGGGGUUUUGCCCCGAGUGACGGGGUAAGGAGGGCUGAGGGAAGGGAGUCUGGCCGGGUGCCCGGGGAGACCUAGGGGUGCCAGCGCCGGCUGUGUGCCCAUCCCCCCUCUUGGUGUCUCAGUCACAGCCCCAGCAGCAGCAACAGCAGCACAAGGAGCGCCUCGCCAGCACCAUCAGCCCGCCCCGGCAGUCCCGGCCGGUGGUGAGAGGGGCGCGCCCGUGUGCUAGGCGCUCUCUCUCUUGCACGGCUAUCAUGUGUGUUGUUGGUGAUCAUAGUCUGCUUACUCGCGCCCCCGCGGCCCCCGGUGCCCAGCGGGACUUUCCCCUGUUGCGCCGCCAGUGAGAGCCGCGUUUGGACGCGGGAGUGAAACUGGAGUGGGACUUGUGUAGUGAGCAAGGUUGUGCAAGUGGGCGGCGCUUUGAGUUGCAGCUCCGUUUUGCUGCGCGAUGUCGGGCUGUGCCAUGGGGGGGCAGGAGGCGUCAGAGGUGCUCCCCUGGUGGAGUCCCGGGAUCGUGCUGGAGCCGAACCGCGGCCGCCCCCACAACGCGCGCGAACCGCUCCGCGAGCCCUUCGAUAGUGCACAGACAAGGCGCGAACGGCAAGAGCUGCGCCGCAGACGCACUCACAAGGACCGCAAGAGAAGAGCUCUCGUGGAAGACAGUCCCGCGGCGCCGAGGAGCGGGAGGUGGCUGCCGGAGUGGUUGGUCGAUGCCGUGGCGACCGUGUGGAGGUGGACGGUGAGCUUGGGGAUGGUGAUGCUGGUGAGGGCAAUAGGCGCAAUUUGGAAAAGUUUGGGAGGUGCAGAGAACUUGUGGGCGGAGAGGGUGAGUUGGAGCAGCGAGCGUGACACCAAUGAGUCAGAUUCUGGUGAGGGGCUCAGUGUGUCUGCCACCCGACCCUCGUCCGGGCCACACGCUCCACCCUGCGGCACACCACCGCCGCCGCCGCCACCCCCGCCACACCUGCCCGACCAGCCACACCUCAGCCAUCAAGCCUGCCUCCUCCCUGCCACCCACAGUGACGAUACACUUGACACUGCAGGCUCCCGAGAGCCACGUCGUGUGCCUCGCUCCUCCAUGAUCCAUCCUACACGCGACCCUCAAUCGCCAGCGCCUCCUCCUCCUUUCCCCUCUUGCUCUCCAAGUGUCGUCCCACGUGCUAGUCCGCCUCCUGGUGCCACCCACAGUGAUAGUCGCUCGACUGUUGCCACCGCGAGUCUUACACAGUCUACGGGUGCCACUGAACGCCCUCCGGUUGUCACUGAACUUGCACAUUCUCCGUCGGGCCACAGUGAAACUGCUGGACAGGAAGAUGACAGGUUGCAAAGUGAGAAUGUGCAGUCAGCAGUUCCGUGUGCAACUUCCUGGAUCAGCAAGGCAAGGGAAGGGACCAGCAUGGACUCAGCGGGACAGGAUACAGGUGUCCAGGUUCUGGCGGCCAUGCGAGGCUUCAGCUCUGUGCAGGAAGAGAUGAUGCGUGCCAUCAGAGACGCCAAGGAAACGUCCCUCGCCCUCAUCGAAGACCGGCGCGAUAGUGUGUCCUCUGUAACUAGUAGUGGCUCCCUUGGCUCCCUCGGCUCUCUCGACGCCUACCUGUCGGCAGCCGGUUUAGAGUCGAACCUGAGUUCAUCGGUGAACUCUGCCCGUGGCAGUCCGCUGCCCGACCAUGACGUGCCCUCAGUGAUCGAAGCGGCGCCUCUCGCGGCCGCCGCCCCCCUGCCCCGCGAUUACGACCAGCGGCUGGAGGAGGACAUCGAGGCCUCCCUGGCGCUGGUGGACCACCACUCGCCUUCUGACACAGACACCGAAAUAGAAGAUAUCUCUAAGGCCGACGAGGGGGUAAGUGUUAGGGGCAACCUCGUGCUGGAGAUUCAUCGGCGCCAGUGGUCCCCAGACGCCACCUUCCCGAAGGACUUGACGCCUCCUGUCAGGACUCCUGAGGAUAUUCUCCCGCCCCCUGAACUCCCUCUUAAUCCCGCUGACCCCCGGGUGCAGUCCGAGAGGCAGGAAGUGAUCCGAGCGAUAGUGGACUUAGCAAGGGACUCGACCCAGGAAGCAGUUUGUAGCGAACCCUUUCCUCUGUCUGCUGAGGCUGCAGCGUCUCGACCUAAGGAGGUACAGACCUCAGUGUUGUGUCCAGGUGUCCUAACAGAAACGUCAGGAAAUGAUGAAUCAAAAGUAACUGAAAGUGGCCUUGAAGGUCGUAGUCCUUAUGAUGUCGAUAAGAAAUUUGAAAAGAGAAAUGUUGAGGGAAGUUUUUGUGACGAUCCUGUAAUUCCCCCGAGAUGUUUUGAUGUAGAAGUGAGCGAAGUCUCUCGAAGAGGUGAAGAAGCAGAGUGUAAUAGGAGUGCGGGUGAUCAACAUACGGCAACACCGCCAGAGCAAGAUGAUAUUCCCCACAGGAGGUCACCCGAUAGUGGUCCAGGGAGCACACUCCUCGUCCUAUCCGACACUGCGUGCGCCUCGCCCACGCGCACGUGGAGCCCUGGCCAGGCCUCGUCUGAGCCGUGUGUGACGGAAGGAAAGGUAUGUGAUGAUACCGAGACAGUAACAACGUCAACUGCAACAAUAAGAACAUCAGGCGCGGGAGAGCAGGCAGCUGCACCGCAUGUGGAGGAAAGGGUAAGGGAAGGAGCGGGAGCAGGUCCUCCCCUCCCGCACCCCCUUCCCCCCCCUCUCCCUCUUCCCCACGCACACACUCACGCACCGCCAUUGCCACUGCCUCCAUUACGACAUCACGCACUUGCACCGCGAGAAACCAAAUCAAUGAUUCUGACAAAUGAUGAUGAGGACGACGACGACGACCUAGCGGACCUGAUGGUGCCCAAGAGCGAGCCCAGCCUGCCGAAGCUAGACAUCACCAGCCUGAGGAACGAGAUCAGCGCUAUCAGGGCGGAGAUCCUCACCCGAAAGGGCUCGCACUCCCACGCCAAGGAGGAGUCGGAGGAGCGCUGCUUCGUGUCCUCCUGCGACGACAUCACCAACCUGCGCGAUGAAAUCCUCUCGCUCAAGCAGGACUUCUACUCCCUGCUCAGCGAGAACACGCCCAGCCCCAAAAGCGGCUCCAAGAAGCAGAAGAAGGCGCACAAACAGUACCAGCACCUCAAGGGGCCGUUGCUCAAGCACCAGCUCAAGUCCAUCAGCAUCGACAACGUGGACGACAUCAGGAAGCAGUCCGUCAGGGACCGCAAGGGUGGCUUCGCGUCGUUUGGGGCCGAGGCGAAGAGCGAGAUCGACGCCGUGAGGGGCCUCAGCAGGUCCAGCAUAAGUGUGGUACAGGAUCUGAAGGAGGAGCAGGAGGGCAGCAGCAGUAGCGUUAGUCGCCCCUCCAGCGAGGUCUACUACAGUACCCAGAUCAGCACUGAGUCCUAUGAGUCUGCCGCCAGCGAACUGCCCGGGCCGAGGGCUUCCCCGCCGUACAAGGCCCUGGAGGAGGACGACUCGAAGGAAGGCUCGGUGAGAGCGUCGAGCGUGACGAGAAGAUCGACUCGGGUGAAAGAGGUGGAGGAGGAGGAGGACGAAGGCGAGAAGAGUCCGUUAGAGUGCAGUGCGAGCAAGGCGGAGAUUCUUUCCGAUGAGGAUAAUGAGGAGGAGGAGGAGGAGGAGGAGGGUGACACAGAUGAUGGAGAUAGCGACACCACCGAAGAUGAAUGUCAACAGAUUUUGAAAAAUAGUCGCACGACGAGUGUCGAGAGGGUUUUAUACGGCAUCGAUCCGCCGCCAUAUAAGAUCCGAAGAACGGACAUUCGGGAGCGCGAGUUCGAGGAAGAGGAGCGCGAGGAGCUCUUGGGCUCGGACGACGAGGAGCAGGAAGACCCCUUCGACUACUGCAAGGGGGGAUACCAUCCAGUCAAAAUUGGUGAUCUGUUCUACAACAGAUAUCACGUGAUCCGCAAAUUAGGAUGGGGCCAUUUCUCCACUGUUUGGCUGUGUUGGGACCUUCAAGCAAAACGUUUUGUAGCCCUCAAAGUUGUGAAGAGCGCGUCUCAUUACACAGAGACUGCAUUAGAUGAAAUCAAGCUGCUAAAAUGUGUUCGGGAAGCUGACGAGAACGAUCCAAAGCGGGACAAGACUGUCCAGCUGUUGGACGACUUCAAGAUCAGUGGUGUGAAUGGAACUCAUGUAUGUAUGGUGUUUGAAGUGCUGGGUCACAACCUCCUUAAGUUUAUCAUCCGCUCCAAUUACCAGGGGAUCCCGCUUCAAAAUGUCAAGAGCAUUAUACGUCAGGUGCUGGAAUCCUUGGAUUACCUACACACAAAAUGCAGAAUCAUCCACACAGACAUCAAGCCAGAAAAUAUCCUUGUGUGUGUGGAUGAGUCAUACAUCAGAAAACUUGCUUAUGAGGCAACCCAGUGGCAGAAAAUGGGACUAAAGCUACCUGGUUCUUUGGUGAGCACUGCCCCAAAGCAUUACACUCAGCCAGAUCCAAAUGCCAAAAUGUCAAAAAAUAAGAAGAAAAAACUGAAGAAAAAGCAAAAGGCAAAGCAGGCAUUGCUGGAGAACCAAAUGAGGGAACUGGAGGAACUAGAAGAGAGGGAAGCACGUCUAGCUCUCGAGGCUUGCGAACUGCACACGCCAAACACUUCUGUGCUAAGUAAUGACUCAAGUUUAGAAGAGAGCAGCACUAUGGAACCUCAGACCAAUGGACAGCAGAGCGACAAGCCACCAGAAGUGCUGGAAGAGGAAACCGUAAAGAUUCAAGUAGGGGACACUUCACAAGAGAAAGUGCAGCCUCCACCAAAGCUACCCCCACAGCCCAGCCUAAUCACCCCAAGCCUCACCCUAGAGGAGGAGGCACAACAGAAGCUUGAACACCGCAAGAGUCUAGCUGAGAUGUGUGAGGGCGAUGUGCGACCAGGUGGGGCAGUGGGGCUCUCACUAGACCCCCUCAUGAAUGGCCACGACAGUCCUCGCCCAACACUAGGUCGCUCAGAGUCUGAGAUAACCCCAGACAUGAGGCUUCCCCCAGAGGAUGAAGAAGGUGAGGAUGGAGGGGCUAAUUCCAGUAACACAAGUGGAGGCAGUAACAGUGGCAGUGCAGUCGGAAUGCGCAGAGUAGCCUCAUGCCCAGACCAUAAAUCCAUUGACCGCACGCCAGACCCAGUUCACGAAGUGUGUGACAUGAAGGUCAAGCUGGCUGAUUUGGGUAAUGCUUGCUGGGUGGAUCAUCACUUCACUGAAGAUAUCCAGACUCGACAGUACAGGUGCCUGGAAGUCCUGCUCGGAGCUGGUUAUGGUUGUCCUGCUGACAUGUGGAGUACUGCCUGCAUGGCAUUUGAGUUGGCAACUGGAGAUUAUCUGUUUGAGCCACACAGUGGAGCUGAUUAUACUCGUGAUGAGGAUCAUCUAGCACACAUCAUUGAGCUUCUUGGUAAAAUUCCCCGUCAUAUAGCCCAUUCUGGAAAAUACUCAAAGGAAUUUUUCGACAAGAAAGGUGAUUUGCGGCAUAUCACAAAGCUCCGUCCCUGGGGCAUGUUUGAGGUGCUGACAGAGAAAUACGAAUGGCCAGAGGAUGAAGCCCGAGCUUUUAGUGACUUCCUGAAUCCAAUGCUGGCUUUUGAACCAUCAGAACGCGCUACUGCUGGAGAGUGCCUCAAACACCCAUGGCUCAACUCAUGAACACAAGCUGAACCUGCUCCCUCUGACCACUUUCUGGUAAAAAGUCUCUCAGUCUAAUCGUUAGACUUGCCAGCUUGAGCAUAAAAGACUUAACACUAUCAGAGAGUGGCAACCUUGGCCUUCACUUGGCUAUUUGUGUAUAUGCACUUAUGAUGGUGAUUCAGUAUCAGGGCAAAAACCAAAGAUGACUCCAUAGAAUGGCAGCUGUUAAGCAAGGUUCCAGAUCAGCUCACUCCAUUCUGUCUCCAAAGUAGUGAGUGUCACCACAGCACAUAAAUAGUUAAGUGAAGUGAAGGUUGAGGGGGCUCAGUGUACACACACCAGGGUUCGCCUUGGGGUUAUCAACCCUAUUUUUGACCAGAAGUGCUUUUGACUCUUGAUAAUAAAAGAAAGGAUUUUUAGUUUGGUUCUAUCAGCUCUGAUAAUACCUAGAGACUGCUUGGAGGAACCAGUAAUCUCUGUGAAAGUGUCUUAGUAUGAUUAUGAUAAUGAAUAUGGUGAUGAUGAUAAUUAUGUUGGUGAUUGAUAAUGAUGUGUCCAGUGGUUCUGCUGUGAGUGUAUAUAAAAACAGAUGGUUGCUAUCCUCUCAAUGUCCAUAAUAGUACAUAUUGCAGAGAGGGGACAUUUGGAGGAAUCAUUUGCUCUUUAUGAUGAUUUAACUGCUCAAACCACAAAUAUUUGUAAGAAGCAGCAGAUCUAAAAGAAUUACCUGCAUGAGAAAGAUGACAACAAACCUAUUCCACCAGCACUGCUGCAGAACUUCGGAUAAUGUUAGUACCAAGGACCAUAUGCCCAGAUGACCUGUGGUGUUGUGUUGUCGUGCACAAUGGGAUGGCUCUUUUCCAUACAUUCAUUUUAAUAAUUAUGUAAAUAUUGCACGACUGUGAAGUUGGUUUUCCAUCAGCCCUGAUUUUUUAAAAGUCGGCUUCUAAUGACUACUGAUGGAGGAAUUUGUUUCUUGCAUGUUGGAACUCAAAACUGCAACUUACAUCACUAGAAAACAUUUAUGUUAUUCAAAGAUAGUUUACAUUAUUAAUCCAUUCAUUUCUUUCUAACAAUAUUGAAAUUCAUUUUUUCUGUAUGUAGAAGGCAAUAUAUUGAUUUAAUCAUAUAUUAUCACAAUAUUACCAUCCUUUUGUUAGAGUUUACAGUCUUCUGCUUCAUCUUAUAAUCUUAACUGCAGUGUUCUGAUGUCCCAACUUUGGAAACAACCAAAUAGCAGGGCUGAUGUUCUAUAACAUAUGAUUAGCCUUGUAGCCUGAAUGCAAUAUUUUGUCCACCAUUGAAAUUAUAUACUGAAUGCAGGCCCUCCUAAAAGUCGGUAGAACCCUGUCCAGCUGGCUGUAUACCAAGUACAACCCCCACCCCACCCCUCCCCUGACCCUUCCCUCUCCUCGUUCCUCCUUCAUUGAUGAAACCCGUAACCCUGUGGAUCCAGAAGAUGAUAGGCUUCUUGUCCCCUCUCCCUAUUGAGGCUACUAGGCUCUGUGUUUUCUGUAUAUUUAGCCACAUCUGUAAGAUGUCAUGCAUAUGCAUCAGUGAUUAUGAAUAUAAUUUAUUUUUACUCCAUUUUAGAUAUGCACCUUUGUUUAGUAGAUUAUCUUUCAUUGUCACAUAAGUGUAGGGUUCAUUUAUGUCUCCCCCCUUUGUGACUCUGUUCCACCAGCCAAUAGUGUUAUCGAUGGCAAGUAAUGCAGCUGUGGCACCUCCUCCUGCCUCUGCCCACACUCUGGUCCAUGUUAUAUUAUUUUAUUUUCCAUAUUUGCAUCACUGGUAACAUAUAGAAAUGUAUGAACAACUGUUUGAGGCAAAUGUGUUUUUAGUGGACAAGUGUUGGUAGCAGGUGCGUAGGUUGCAGGUGCCCACAGAAACGUGUCGGGUGGGCUCAUACCUGCUAACGGAGCAUCUCCCAUUCUCAGGCCAACAUUGUCUUAUAUUAAGAUGGCUCUAACCUUGCCAAGGGUGCAGCAGGUUAACAAACUUUGUACCACAAUAAAGAAUUUGGGCCUUGCUGCUGUGGUAGACUUGUCCGAUCCUCUGUAUAGCAGGCAUAAUGAUAAUGGUACUCUUGAUAGUAAAGGUGAAGCACACCAAAAUGGUAUUUCAUUUUCAACCCUAUACAUACUGUGAGAUGUAUGCUGUUCUUAAGGCCGGUUGUUUUGCCAGGUGAAUAAAGGCUACUUUUUGUCAUAAA